UCCUAAUAAGUUAAAAUCGCAUCUGUACAGCCCCGAACUGCGAUAUGGAGUUGAGAACCUGAUCUGAAUCCGUCAGGCAGGAGAAAGAUGGGGAAGGAUCGGGAUCGCAGACGGCGAAGAAGCCGAAGAAGCUUGGAAACCGAUAGUUCAUCAUCAGCUCCUACGCCCUCUUGCUCUGACAGCGAAAGCCCCGAGGAGAAGAAACCGAGGUCGCGGCGAAGUCGUAAGUCUAGCCGGCACCGGGAGAAGAGGAGGCAUCGAACGAGGGAGGAGGGCGCCACUAAAAGCUCUGGAAAGGGGAAGCGGAGGCAGCGGAAGAGGUCGCCGAGCGGAGAUGAUUCGUCUUCCGAUGAUGAUGAUUUGGUGCAGCUCAAGGAUGUGCAGCCGGAGGCUGUUCUUUGUCUUAUCCUGGAGAAAUUUCCUGAUGUCGCCCAUGAUCUUGAGCAGCUUUUGCAACUUGUUGACAGUGGACAAGGUGUUGAUAUAAAGGCUGUUUCUGACAAGUCAUUUGUUAGGCUUUUAAAGAAACUUCUCUUGUCCUUAAAUCUCAAUGAAAAUCGAAAAGGAGUUUUCUCACUUCCUUCAAUGGCAGUGCCUACCUUAAAGCUUAUUGGAGAUACGUUGUACUCACAUAUGAAGUUUAAAGAAGGCCAUUUUACAGCUGUUGGAUCACCAAAUGGGCAAAAAAUUUCAUCUUUUUGUCAAGAAUCGACAAUGAAUCAAGAAAUUAAUGAUCCGGGCUUGACAGAAAGAAAAGAGAGAGAAGAUUCUUUAGUUCCUCAUAAAAGGAUUAUUGGACCUGAAAUGCCUUCUCGUGAGUUAUUGGCUGCGGCAGCUGAAUUAACAAGAGCAGAGGCAGAACUUAGAGAUGCCAACUUGGAAGUUGACAAUGAUUUGUUUAUUGGCCCUCCUCCGCCUGCCCUGGUAGCUGAAGUGGAGUCAACAAAUGAAGCUGAGAGGUUUGAAGAGGUCACGCGAAUUGUAUCUACUGAGUUGAACCAACCAUAUGAUGUUCUUGGGAUUAAUUGGAAGGCUUCAUUUGAUAACAUUAAGAAAAGGUAUUGGAAAUUAUCUUUGAUGGUGCAUCCGGAUAAAUGCUCUCAUCCACAGGCUCAUCAAGCAUUUGUGAUACUGAACCAGGCGUUUAAAGAUCUACAAGAUUCAGAAAAGAGGAAAGCUGUUGAUGAUAAGAUUAAACUUAAAGAAGAGCAAGAGGCAUUCCAGGCUGAGUUGAAAGUGCUGCGUGAAGCUGCACAGUGGCGACGCUUGCAAGGUAUAUCCCUUCAAGGUGAUGAAGAACUUCUUGCCUUUCCAAGAGAAGAACCCAAAGCCAAAAGGGAUGAAUGGAUGACUGAAUUACCACCAGAAAGAAAGCCUGGGAUGCCGGUACAAUCCACAUCAUUUAGCAGGAGUGAUAAGGUGGGGCGUGGUGAUACCUCCAUGUGGACUGAUAAUCCACUUGAUAAAUCAAGGCAGGCAAAGCAAAAUUAUUUAGAAGCGUAUAACAAAGCGAAAGAACUCGCCGAAACACACCACCAAGAGAAACCCCAAAGCUCCAUCACCGCCGACUUAGUUGACAACUACAACUCAAAAAAGCGCUCAAAAUCACUUGUACAGAAACACCAGGAAGAAACCCAAAGGAAGCACAAAAGGAAAUCGAAAGAUAUUGAAAGGGAAGGAUGGGAAGGCGUUCAUCCAUGGAAGCCAUGGGACCGAGAGAAGGAUUUGUCAGCCGGGCGUCAGAAACUAAGCCUUGAUUCAGAAUCCAUGGUGCAAGGAGAAACGAGGAGAAGAGGACGGGGAAUUCUGGGCGUGUUAUACCAGAUGGCCGGUCUACACUUCGACCGGCGUGCUGCCGAGCUGCACAACCGCCCAUCCAUCUAAUCCCAAUAUAAAAUU